AUGAUUACAAAUACGGAGAAGACAAGUACGAAGGCAAUGCAGCUAAAAGAGCGUGCCGUCUAUGACCUGACUCGUGCCUAUUGUGCGGCUCAACAGUACGACGAUGUGGUCUCAUUCUUGACGGGUCAAACUGGUCAAACUUUCUUGGCGCAAAUGACCAAGGCUAAAACAGCCAAAAUUGUUCGCCAAAUGCUUGACAUUGUCAUUCAAGCGGCCCCGGAAGCCCUGCAAAUGCAAGAAUCCGUCGCCCGAGCGAUUGUAGCCUGGACAGAAUCGGAGAAACGGAAUUUUUUGCGACAACGCGUGGAAGCCAAGCUCGCUACCAUACUCUUUCACCGAGGUGCUUACGUUGACGCGUUAGAACUUUGCGAUCGUCUAUUGACAGAACUUAAAAAGCUCGACGAUAAGGCCCUGCUUGUCGAAACUCACUUGCUUGAAUCCAAAAUACACUUUGGGCUACGCAACGUCCCCAAGGCCAAGGCUGCCUUGACAGCUUCCCGCACCGCCGCCAACGCCAUUUACGUUGCGCCCGCGCUCCAAGCCGAAAUUGAUUCCAUGUCGGGCACCAUUCACGUAGAAGAAGGUGACUAUAACACAGCGCACUCAUACUUUCUCGAAGCCUUCGAACAAUUGGACCAAAUGAACGAAACGGCCCAAGCAACAACUGCCCUGAAGUAUAUGCUGUUGUGCAAAAUUCUCGAUGCUUUACGAGCUGCCUUGCAUCUUUCUAGUGACUUAUCGGGACUCUUGACGGGGAAACAAGGCGUCAAGUAUGCCGGUAGAGAAGUUGAAGCCAUGUCUGCCAUUGCCACAGCCUCCGCCAACAGGAAUCUUCAAGAAUUUGAGCGAGUGCUGCAAACUUACGCAGACGAGUUGCAACAAGACUUGUUGAUCAAGCACCACUUGCAUAUCUUACAGGAGCAACUGCUUGAAUCGAAUCUUAUUCGUAUCAUCGAACCGUACAGCUGCGUGGAAUUGAGUCACAUUGCCGCGAUGAUUGAGCUACCCGUGGCGACCGUGGAACGCAAACUUUCGCAGAUGAUCCUAGAUGGCAAGUUUCUUGGCAUUCUAGAUCAAGGGAAGGGACAGUUGGUCGUGUACGAGGAGUCGGAUCCGGACGAAGCUAUGGAGAAGGGGCUGCAAGUAAUUGCCAACAUGGAUCAAGUGGUGACAAGUUUGUUUGAGCGAAGCAAAGCGCUUCGUACUAUGAUGAUUUAA